AUGAUAAAGUCAGAAUCAGUAACCGAUAUGACAACUAACGGCGCGACUGAUGCCGACGAGAAAGUGACUGAAAACGUUAAGGAUGGUGUAAUCGACUUGGAGGAGCAACCUGGAGCUGACGUGGACGGAAAGGCUGACGUGGACAAUGCGGAUAAGAACGACGAAUUUGAUCUCGAGGGUGAACCUGAGGAUGUGGACGGGUCGCCGGGGAAUGCAGAGGACGCGAGUGUACCGGGAAACACGGCGGAGGAUGCGGAUCAAGAGAUGGUAAAUGUCGACACCGAUGGUCCCGACGCGCAGAUUCCAGGGUACGCGAUUCGUUACGAAAACGUUCGCCGGUCUUUCGCGGACCUGCAGGCGAAAUCGGCGAUGCUCGCGAGCUGCAUCGCGCAGUGGAAAGAGCUGGACGAGUUUUUCGCCGCGAGCGAGGAGAGGCUCCGAAAGCGGGAGCAGGACGUGAGCGAGCGAGAGCGAGCCUUAGAGGAGAAGACGCGAUCCGUUACAAUGCAACUCGAUAAGCGAGAGAGUGCGAUCUCGUCUCGCGAAUCUGCGUCGAUGCAGCGAGUGCAGGAACAGCGGGAUGCAGCUUUUGCUGCUCUUGCGGAGGAGAGGAAGAAAUGGCAGGAGGAGAAGGAGAAGAGCCGCGAGAAGGACAAGGCGUCGAGUGGGAAGGGUAAGGAAGGGAGUGAUAAGGCGAGGCGUGAGAGCGAGAGGAAGGAGAGUAGCGACAAGGGCAGGAAAGAGACUGAUAGGAAGGAAGUGGGUGAGGAGGAUAAGAAGGAGAAGGAGAAGGAGAAGGAGAAGGAGAAGGUAUCGGAAGAGGUGAAAAAGGAGGAGGAGAAGGUGAAGGAAGAGGCCCGAUCUGAAGGGGACAAGGAUAAGGCAUCGGGCUCAGCCCGUGCUGCACGCGCGGCCAGCGAAGACAAGCCGACUGGAAAGCAAGCUGGCACCGAGGCUGCUCCUAGCGAGCCCGCCAGUAAGAAAGCGGCUACAGCCGCUGUUACAGCCGAGACCGCUACUACUCCCUCCAAGGACGGCAAGUCUGACAAGAUCCCGAAAUCCGGGAACGACUCGGGGGAGGCGGCGGUGCGCGUGAGCGCGGAGCUGCGUGCGCUGUGCGCGGGGAUGGACGCGGAGGGCCUGAAGCGCUACGUGAUGCAGAACCGCCGCGACAUUAGCCGCGUGCGCGCGGAGCUUCCGCACGCGCUCCCCCUCGCGCUCGACCCCUGCCGCCUCGUCCUCUCCUGCCUGGACUCCUACAAACCCAAGGCCGUCGAAGCACCCGCGGCCGGCGCGGCCGGCAAGGAUAAGCGGCGCGAGCCCGUCGAGCCGACCCACGUGCGCGCCGUUUCCCUCCUGGUGGAAACCCUAGGGCAGGUUUUGGCCAAGCAGGCCAAGGCGGAGGGGGUUUCCGUCCCCGUUAUUGCGCCCUCGAUACAGGAGAAGGCGCGGGGGAUUCUGGAGGGGUGGGUGCGGAGCGGGGGGCCGUUGAGCAAGGCGGAGGAAGCUUCGUCGCUGGACGCGUGGCUGGUGCUGCAGGUGGCGGCGGUUUUUGGCGUGACGCGGCAGGUGGGGGGAGACGAAGACGCGCUGCUAGGGUUUGUGGCGGCGUCCGCGCGGCGAAAGCAGACGGCCGACAUGGUGAAGGCCAUGGGGCUCGUGGACAAGAUGCCAGCCGUGGUUGAGCGGCUGGUGAAGGAGGGGCGCGAGGUGGACGCCAUCUACCUGGCGCAUGGCGUUGACCUGCUUGACCAGGUUGACCCCGUUGACCUGCUCAAACGCAACCUGCGGGAGAUCCGCACGCUGGUCUCCGCCAUGACUAAGAAGGACAAGUCGCUGCAGGCCGAGAACGAAGCCACGUCAAGGGAGAUCAGCAUGGUGCGGGCCAUCAUCCGCUGUGUGGACGACUGCGGUCUCAAGACCCUAUUUUCAACGGACAACCUCACCAAGCGCAUUGAGCAGCUCGAGAAGAACCGCCAGCUGCGCAAGCAGCAGGCACAGGUCGCCAAGCGCGCCGCGCACGAGACGCGCGUGCAGCAGGCCAUGGCGGCGAAACGGCAGCGCCUUGCCACUAGCACUGGCCCCAUGGGAGGCUUUGGUGGUGGUGGCAGCGGUGCUGUGAUCGGCUCUGGUUCGAAUGCUGUCGCUGUGGCGAAUCUGCGGGGGCAAGGGCAAGCAGCGUAUUCUCUUGGAGGGGCAGGUAUGGCUGGGGGAGGUGCCAUCUAUGCGACAGCUAGUGGGGGGCCAGGCAGCCUGGGGCAGGAGGUGGUGUAUGGGGUUGGACCCAUGGGGUCAGGUCUCACCUCCCCAGGUGCAGGGGCAGGGCUAGGGGGAGGGCUGUAUGCUGCAGGGGGAGUGGGGGGUUUGGGCAGUGGUUUGGGGGGGACGGUAACGUAUGUGACUGAUGCGGGGACUGGACCGCAGGUGCUGGUGCAGAGGGGGAUCGAGACGACCUUCUCAAGUAUGGCGGGUUACGUGACUCUCCGCGGUUCAGACGAUCCGCAAGAUGAGGGACUGCUGGGCGGCACCAGCAGCCACACGGGCGAAGACUGGAAGGCGCGUCUCGCCACGAUGGGGAAGAAAAUGGGGGAAUCGAUGACCGCCGUUGGCGGGAAACUGACGGAAUCAAUGACGGAAAUCGGCGACAAGAUGAAAAACAUCUUCCACACGCCGACGCUCGCGGAGCGCCUGGUGGAAGAAGCAACCGACGAGAUCUUAAUCUCCCCUGACUGGGGUCGAAAUCUCUUAAUCUGCGACCUCGUUAACUCAGGAAAGCUCCCGGGUGGUGAGACGGUGCGCGCGAUUAAGAAGCAGCUCGGGUCGCGAAACUCGCACGUGCAGAUGCUGGCGCUGGCUUUGCUGGAGAUGGCCGUUAAGAACUGCUCGUCGCUGUUUUCCGACGUGGCGAACGAGCGCGUGCUGGACGACAUGGUGCGCAUCGCGGACGAGCCGCACAGCGCGGCGCAGCUGCGCGAGAAGGUGCUCAAGAUGAUCGAAGCGUGGGGGGAGGCAACCGAGGAGCUGCGGUACCUGCCCGUGUUUGAAGAAACGUACAAGAGCCUCAAGAUGCGAGGAGUGGUAUUCCCGCCUCGUGACGCCGAGUCCCUCGCGCCCAUCUUCACGCCGCCCGCCAGUGUGCCGCCCGCCGCCGUGCAAGCCGCCCACGCGCUGCUGGAGUCGGUGGAGGGGCAGAUGGCCAAUGAGGUGGCGCCACCUGGCGUGUCGAUGGUCCCAAGGCCGGAGGGAGGGCACAUGGUGGUGUUUGACAGCAAGGAGAUCUUUGAGAUCUCGAGGAACAGCGUUGAGCUGCUGGGAACUGUGCUGUCGUCUGCCCCGCCCGAACAAGUGCUCACUGACGAGGUGGUGCCAGCGCUGGCAGCACAAUGCCGGGCGGCCAAGAGCAGUCUGCUGCGGCUGAUCGAGCACGAGAACAGCAACUCAGAGGCCCCCAGCGAGACACUGCUGUUCGAGGCACUCAGCCUGAACGACGACAUUGACAAAGUACUUGAAAAGCUGGCUGAGCUGCGCAAACAGGCCUCUGCUGCUGCUGCUGCUGGGGCAGGAGCAGUAACGGGAGCAGCAGCGGGAGUGGGAGCAGGAGUUGGAGAUGCAGCAGUGGCGGCAGCGGAGCAACCAGCAGGUGCAGCUGCGACGGCGGUGCCGCCGGUUGUGCCUCCCCCAGCUGCUGCCUUCCUGACGAUGGAUGAGGAGGAGGAGGGUGGGGCGGGCGGGCUGGUGAGGAACCGGGGAGGGGGGAAUAGGAGAGCGGGGAUGAGCGAGGAGGAGAGGGAGUUGGCUGAGCUGGAUGAAAUGGUGUUUGGGCGCAAGGAGGGAGGAGGAGGGGCAGGGAGUGGUGCGGGUGCGACUGGUGCGGGUGGUGGGAGUACACAGAGUGGAGCGGGCAAGAAAGAAGAGGACGAUUUGAUUGUGUUUUGA